GAUGUGGCCAAACACCUACUUUACUUACUUUUCCCCAUUUUUUUUUUAAAAAAAAUAGGAAAUGAAUAUUCUUCAACUUGCUCUAUAAAUUGUGAUAAGCUCAAAAUCCUCAAACACAUUAAUAAAAUGAGAAAAUUGUGACAAAGAAGAAUAUACACAUUUAUAACAGAGAGAGCAAAGAGAGGGAAAUCAUACAAGGGGUAGCCAUUGUUGUUGGAAUUUCCUUCUCUCCCUCUCCCUGUAUACAAAUUUGUAUAAAUUUCUAUAAUUUGUCUUAAUUUUCUCAUUUUGUGAAAAUGGCUCAAUAAUUUAUUGGAUUUUGUGAAAUUACUUUAAAAGAUUGUUGAGAAAAUUAAUCUAUUUGGAGAAAUUGAUUCAAGAAUAUGUUGGGUUUGUGUAAUUACUAUACAUUUGUAGAAAAAAAUUUAAUCUAUGUCAAGAAAUUGAUUCAAGAAUUUGUUAGGUUUGUGUAAUUACUAUAAAUUUGUAGAAAAAAUUUAAUCUUUGUGAAGAAAUUGAUUUAAUACUUUGUGGGGUUCGUGAAAUCACUAAUAACAUGUUGAAAAAAUUAAUCUUUUUGAAGAAAUUGAUUUAAAAUUUUGUUGGUUUUGUAGAAUUGGUAUAAAUUUGUAGAAAAAUUCAAUCUUUGUGAAGAAAAUUGGUUCAAAGCUUUGUUGGUUUUGUGUAAUUUCUAUAAAUUUGUAGAAAAAUUCAAUCUUUUUGAACAAACUUGGUUCAAAACUUUGUUGGUUUUGUGGAAUUGCUAUAAAUUUGUAGAAAAAUUCAAUCUUUUUGAAGAAAAUUGGUUCAGAAAUUUAUUGGUUUUGUGGCAUUACUAUAAAUUUGUUGAUUAGUUCAACCUUUUUGAAGAAUAGGUUGAUAAUUGUUGAGUAAUGGAGGGAGAGGUUGGAACAUCAUCAACAAUGGAAGUUAAUGGCAAUUGUUUAGAUGAAUCAAAAUCAACUAAGUUUCCUUUGACAUAUUGGGAGAUUUCUAUGGCUGGUGGGGUUGUUUUGAGUUUUGUAUUGGGACUUAUUUGUGUGUAUUUGACUAUGCCUGCUUCAGAUUAUAGCUUCCUUAAGCUUCCUCGAAAUCUCGAAGAUCUCCAAAUACUCAAGGAUCACCUGGAGGAUUAUACAAGUGACUACACUGUUCAAGUUCUCGUGGGGUACUGUGCGGUCUACAUUUUUAUGCAGACAUUUAUGAUCCCGGGAACUAUUUUCAUGUCGUUGCUUGCUGGUUCUCUCUUUGGAAUCUUCAAAGGUGUAGCGUUAGUUGUUUUCACUGCUACUGCUGGUGCAUCGUCUUGCUAUUUUCUAUCCAAAAUGAUAGGGAAGCCCCUCGUGUUUUCACUCUGGCCUGAUAAGUUGACGUUUUUCCAAGCGCAGGUGGCUAAAAGGAGGGAGGGGCUGCUGAAUUACAUGCUUUUCUUGAGAGUCACACCGACGCUGCCAAACACAUUUAUCAACGUGGCUUCGCCGAUUGUAGAUGUUCCUUACCAUAUAUUCCUCUUGGGAACCGUCGUCGGGGUCAUUCCUGCCACUUACGUCACUGUCCGGGCUGGAUUAGCUCUUGGUGAGUUACAAUCAGUUGGUGAUCUUUAUGACUUCAACUCAAUAGCUACCUUAUUCCUUAUUGGUCUUGUAUCUGUUACUCCCACAUUGAUUGGCAACAAGAGUUAGCGGCCACAACGUCUAAAUCCUGGAUCCGCCACUGAUUAUCUGUUGUAUAUAUUAGCGUAGACUCAGGUGGAUUGUACCCUUAAAAUCUCGAUCCUAGAUAGCUCGUGUCGUCGAAUGCUACUGUUGAAUGGUUGGAUCAACUAUAUUGUGAAAAGGAAAAUUAUUGUUGGUUUUUUUGUG